AUGGCACUCAACCACAACAAGCUGCUUCCACCCAUCAAAACUCAUGCUAGCACAAUCCUUCACACACCAAAACCUGCUUCAAAUUCUGCUUCUGCUUUACCCAUACUUGCCAUCAUUGUUCCCACCAUCUUUGUCACUGGUUUUAUACUCAUCACCUACUUAAAUCUCGUCACCAAAUGCUUCUCAAACUUGUACCUAUUUCACCCCUUGAGAUGGUUUUUCUCCCUCCUUACCCCUCAACAUGAAGAUCAAGAUCCCUUCAUAGCACUCUCUCCGAGGAUGUGGAGCCAAGGACUUGAUGAAUCUACAAUCAGUGAAAUCCCAACACUUCAAUUCACAAAAGGGGAUGUCGAAAAGAACCAAAGUGUGUGUGGCUGCGUGGUUUGUUUGACUGAGUUUCAAGAUCAUGAUAUGCUGAAAGUUCUUCCCAUUUGCAAACAUGCCUUUCACUUUCACUGCAUCGACGUUUGGCUUCAAACCAAUGCCAAUUGCCCUCUUUGUAGAUCAAGCAUUGUUUCAGGCAACACACAGUGCCCGAUGGAUCAUAUCAUAGCUCCAAGCUCUUCUCCUCAGGAUUCUCAAUUGCUCUCUCACGUGAGCAGUGAUGAGGAUUUUGUUGUCAUUGAAGUUGGGGAGAUGCAGCAAGAAAGAAGUGACUCAAGCGAAAGAGUUGUAGAGAGUAGAAAUGAGUGUAUCAUAAGGAAGUGUCACCAUGUUUCCAUCAUGGGAGAUGAGUGCAUUGAUGUUAGGAAGAAAGAUGAGCGGUUUUGUAUUCAGCCUAUUCGAAGAUCUUUCUCAAUGGAUUCAGCAAACGAUAGGCAAGUUUGCUUGGAUUUUCAGACCACCAUGCAACAGAAUAAUAGGCCUCUAAAUCAGGCUAGUGACAGUGAAGAUUGCAAUAGCAGAGAUGGAAUAUCACUCUUUCCAUUCCGUUAA